GUACGCGUGAGCCAAGCAGGCUAUCUCAAGAACCAGAAGCCACGGAACCCAAACAGCCAACUUACGGCAAUCGUAAACGUAAUAAAUCCGUAAUCGUAUACCAUAUCGGUGCAAAAAGCCGGUCGUCGAUAGCACUAAAUCGGUCAAACUCGUAGGUGUUAACGCAUGACGCGAAGGUGUAUAAACUUAUUUUGAUUCUUUGUCUGUCUACUUCAUCAACAUAAAAAAUUCGUUAAGUGUGAGAAUAAAAGCGAAAAACGAAAAAAAAUUAACCAGCAACAAAGAAAGAAAGAAAAAACGACGACGCCGUGAUAAAGAAAAAAAAGCUAUUUUAUGUGUCAUCAUUUAACAAAUCUUAUUGCAUUUUGUGUAUGUUAAAAAAUAUUGGUUGUUGGUGGCUUACCUUUCGGAGUUCUGUUUGUUGAGUGCUGCAGUGUGUGUGUGUAUAUGUGUUAUUCUGUUGCCUUUUGUAUUGUCUACAUGAGCAGCAUGAUAGCUGGAGAAGUCUUCUUUUGAGGCAAAGCACCAAAUUAAAAGAACAAGCAGCAAUAUAGUAAAUAAACCUAAUUUAAAGUGCAUUAUUUACCGUUAUUGACAGUGAACUUUAGUUUUUUUCCUUGGAGAGAAGCGGCGUAAGACACAUUUUCUCAAAGAAAAUAAGGAGGAAUAUAAGAAAACGACAAAAAUAGUUUCAUAGCGUGACAGGAAAAAGGGAUUAAUCAAGCAAAUAAAAUGUCAGAAACUAAAAGUUUUUCCAGUAUCGAAACACCCGGAUAUGUGGGGUUUGCCAAUCUUCCCAAUCAGGUACAUAGAAAAUCGGUGAAAAAGGGUUUUGAAUUCACUCUUAUGGUUGUGGGCGAAUCGGGUCUGGGAAAAUCCACACUGGUCAAUAGUUUGUUCCUAACAGAUCUUUAUCCCGAACGCAUAAUACCCGAUGCCAUAGAAAAACAAAAACAAACGGUGAAAUUGGAAGCAUCAACAGUGGAAAUUGAAGAGCGUGGUGUCAAGCUGCGUUUGACGGUUGUGGAUACACCUGGUUUCGGUGAUGCCAUCGAUAACUCGGACAGUUUUAGUGCCAUAUUGGAAUACAUUGACGAGCAAUACGAAAGAUUUCUGCGUGACGAGAGUGGCUUAAAUCGCCGCAAUAUUGUGGAUAAUCGUAUACACUGUUGUUUCUAUUUUAUAUCGCCAUUUGGUCAUGGUUUAAAACCGCUCGAUGUGGAAUUCAUGAAGAAAUUACAUUCCAAAGUCAAUAUUGUGCCUGUGAUUGCCAAAGCCGAUUGCCUUACGAAAAAGGAAAUACUACGUUUGAAAUGUCGCAUCAUGCAGGAAAUCGAAGAUCAUGGCAUCAAAAUCUAUCCCUUGCCGGAUUGUGAUUCGGAUGAAGAUGAGGACUACAAGGAACAGGUUAAGCAACUGAAAGCAGCAGUGCCAUUUGCCGUUUGUGGAGCAAAUACUCUACUUGAAGUUAAAGGCAAGAAAGUGCGGGGACGUUUAUAUCCCUGGGGUGUAGUGGAGGUGGAAAAUCCAGAACACUGUGAUUUCAUUAAACUAAGGACGAUGCUAAUCACCCACAUGCAAGACUUACAAGAGGUCACCCAAGAGGUCCAUUAUGAAAACUAUCGUUCAGAUCGUCUGGCCAAGGGCAUUAAAAACAAAGAGAAUGGCAUCAUCAAGCCAGAGCGCGACUCCGUGGUACCCACACAGAUAGUGUUGAAUGAAAAGGAUCGAAUACUGCAAGAAAAGGAAGCCGAGUUGAGACGUAUGCAGGAAAUGCUGGCACAAAUGCAAGCCAAAAUGCAAGCGCAACAAUAAGUCAUUAUAAGACCUCGUAACGGGGUUUGUUCAAACGACAAAACACACACUCCCACAAAAACAUGCAUACAUACAUACAACACCCUCACCUUUUAUCUCUAGGCAUAUAGAAAUUUUAUAACACACACACACAAGAAAAAUGGUGCCGAAUUUCAAAUGUUUUUUUACACAUAUAUAUAUAUAUAUAAAAUGUAGAAUAUUUAAAAUCUCAA